AUGAAAUGGAUAAUCCUGGUGUUGGAAGCGGAAUCGAAAAACGAAGAUAUUAAGUUCUUCGUCGUCGUCGAGGACAAAUUCUACGUUGCUGCGAGACGUUUCCUGGGAAAACCCGCUGUCAAACAAAACAACGUUCAGUGUCUCCGUGCUGUUUUGCAAAUAAGCAAGAUCUCUCGUUUUUUUGGAAAUAAAUUGAUAAAGAAUCGAAAUAAGAUUUACAAAAUAUCUAUAGAAUUUAAUUACAGAUAUGUAAAGAAUCCACUGGACAAGGAUGUUUGUAAAAUCACUGUCAACGAUGUUUGUCAGGGAACUGGCUUCAGGCUGUUUGGUAACUUAGUCCUGACUAAUGCUCAUUUAUUUAAGCAGCGUGAUAUACCAGCUGUAUUUUAUUGUGCUGAUCUUCACCCUCAGACAGGUGACUUCACCUGUACUGUGGAAUUGAUUGCCAUGAAUAAUGAGUUAGAUUACGCCAUACUUCAACUUAACUCUCGCGAAGAGAAACGACCGGGAGCCCUGCAGAAAUUCGGCCCCGUGCCUCUGAACGGCGAGGUCCACAUUAUUGGUUACCCGGCAGGAGAGCUAAAAGUGGACCGUGGAAAUAUCAUUGAGAAAGAGAGGAGGGAACAGGCUGUCAAUGAUCAUUUGCAACUACACAAAGACAGAAAUAUAGUCGAUAGCAUCCAACGACAAGGAAUUCAAGACAUAAUAAUGGGUGGAAAACAAGCAGACAAAGUAGUGACCUACAGCACUUCCACCAUGCCUCAUGGCUCCUCUGGCUCCCCAGUGUUUGAUGCUAAUGGCAGAGUAUUUGGUUUGCAUACUGGGGGAUUCUGGUAUGACCAUGAAAAGUCCAGAAAGAUUGUGAUGGCAUAUUCCCAUCCUCUGCUCAAUAUAUUCAAAGAUUUUGUAAGUAAGCUGAAAGAAAAUGGAAAUUAUAACUUAUUAGAGAGAAUUGAGGAGGAAGCACAAGAAAACAAAUACCUAGAGAGGAUACUCUAUGCUGUGCUAGCAGAUGACCCUGAUGAGCCAAUGGAGAUUGAUUAGGUACUACAUGUGGAUUCAUUUAUAAAUCGAAUCCUUUACAAAUCGAAUACGCUGUACGCUGACGAAAUAAAAACGUGCUAUAUUGUUUAUGGUGGUGUCAUAAAUCGUGAGAUUUUGGUUGUAUUGCUACUGUGCGCUGUAAUCCUGUUUGAGAAUUCAAAAAUUAAAAAAAAUCUCCAUGAAAGUUAAAAUUCGUCGUCCACGUCUGUUCUUUAGUCUCAAAACCUCGUGCUCCUUAAUUCAGAUAAAACUUCUCAAAGUAUGACAGCCAAGAAUCUGGGUCUUUCUCACCUACGCAACAUACCUAAAUUUCUUUUCUUUCCACGCCUGAUUCACGCCUUUCUUUCAUCAUUUGAUAUCCGUAAAGUUUUCUUCCGGCAGCGGAACCUACAGUAAAUCCAGAAAGACUGACCCGUUAAACCCAGUGAUUAGUCAAAUCCAUGUUGUCCUGAAUGUUGUCUGAAAAUUACUGCAUCACUCUGACUGUUUUUCUCUCCUCGAGCUCUUUAGGUCGCAGGCUCUCUCUCUCUCUCUCUCUCUCUCUCUUCUCCUGUCGCUCUCUGCAGGUAUUUCUGCCUCUGGAGCUGUAGAGGCAGCCACCAGAAUUGGAAUUUGCAUCGUGCUAUCUCCCCACCACCACCACCAUCAUCAUCCCCACCCCCCCUCUCCCCCUCUCUCUCUGUCUAAACCCAACCGGUCGAGGCAGAUGGCCGCCCACCUUGAGUCCGGUUCUGCUCGAGGUUUCUGCCUCUUAAAGGAAGUUUUUCCUUGCCACAGUCGCCUAGUGCUUGCUCAUGGUGGGAUUUGUUGGGUCUCUCUCUGUAAAUUUUAUGAGAUAAAGAGUACGGUCUAGACCUACUCUAUGUGUACAAUACUUCUGUUGUGAAUUGGCGCUAUAUUAAAUUAAAAAAACUAA